AUGGCUCCUUCGUGCUUUCCACUUCGUUGGGAGAGCACAGGGGAACAAUGGUGGUAUGCAUCACCUAUUGACUGGGCCUCUGCAAAUGGGUACUACGAUCUGGUGGUGGAGCUUCUUCACCUUGACACCAAUCUACUAAUUAAGCUAACUUCCCUUCGAAGAAUUCGGCGCCUCGAAACCGUGUGGGAUGACGUGGCACAGUUCGGAGAGGUCGCGAAAUGUCGGUCGCAGGUUGCAAGGAAUCUGAUGAUGGAGUGCGAGACAGGACCAGGACACAACUCUCUCAUUCGAGCUGGCUAUGGUGGGUGGCUUCUCUACACUGCUGCUUCAGCUGGUGACGUGGAUUUUGUGCGAGAAUUGUUGGGGAGAUACCCUUCAUUGGUGUUUGGAGAAGGGGAGUAUGGAGUUACUGAUAUACUUUAUGCUGCUGCAAGGAGCCAUAGUUGUGAGGUGUUUAAGGUUUUGCUUGAUUCUGCUUUGUCUCCGAGAGAGUGCGAGAGUGGUGGAGCACAAGUAGAAGAGGUUUUCAAGAGGGAUAUGGUGAAUAGGGCCAUUCAUGCUGCUGCUAGAGGAGGGAACUGGGAGAUGCUGAAGCAGCUUGUUGGAAGUGCUUCUGGCGUUUUGGGCUAUAGAGAUGCUCAAGGAUUCACUGUUUUGCAUACAGCUGCUGGCAGAGGUCAGGUUCAGGUGGUGAGAAAUCUACUUGCAUCAGUUGAUAUAAUAAACUUGACAGAUGCUCAAGGGAACACGGCACUACAUGUAGCUUCUUACAGGGGUCACUUACCCGUGGUAGAUAUUCUGGUUCUUGCAUCUCCUUCGGUAGCACUGUUGACAAAUCACUAUGGAGAUACUUUUCUUCAUAUGGCAGUGGCUGGUUUCAGAAGUCCUGGUUUCAGUAGACUGGACAAGCACACUGAGCUCAUGAAGCAAUUGGUAAGUGGAAAGAUUGUGAACAUGCAGAACAUAAUCAAUGUCAAGAACAAUGAUGGAAGAACAGCUCUUCAUGUGUCUCUGAUUGACAAUAUUCAAUUUGAGCUUGUGGAAAUGUUGAUGUCUGUGCCGUCAAUUGAUUUGAACAUUUGUGAUGCUGAAGGGAUGACCCCUUUGGAUAUUUUGAAGCAAAGACCAAAAUCAGCAUCUUCUGAUAUUUUAAUCAAACGUAUGAUUUCGGCUGGAGGGAUCUCUAAUUGUAAAGAUGCUAUGACAGGAAAUACCCUUUUCACUCAUCACAAAACUAAUGUCAUUGGAGGUAGUCCUGGGACUUCAUUUAGAAUACCAGAUGCAGAGAUAUUCUUGUACACUGGCAUUGAGAAUUCAUCAGAUGCAAACUAUGAUCAAGCAAGUGUGGAAUCAUAUUCAUGCUCAAAUGAACUAGGCAAUUUUGAUUCCGCCAAUUCCCCAUGUAACAAGAAGUCUAAUCCUGUCAAUCAUGCUACAAGCCGCUUAAAGUUUCUUCUCAGGUGGCCUAGGAGAAGAGAGACAAAAGCAGCUACCUCAGAAUUGGAAGAUGAUGAUUGUGUUGAUCCUUUGAGUUCAAGUACCAACUAUGAAGAAUUUCCAAUCUCAUUACGGGAAAGAUACUCACAAUCAUGCUCCCUUCCAAACAACAAAAGAACACAAUCUAUGAGAACUUCUCUUCCAAGUCCAUCCUCCAAGAUGAAAUUCACCACAGGCCUAAUGCAUGGUGUUAUUCAGCUAAAACCACAAUUUGCACAUUCAAGUCCUAGUCCUUUUCAAGAUUUAUCUGUGGCUUCUCUAUCUUCCAUAAAUAAACAAAAGGGUGUUGAUGUAAUGGGACCCUCUUGCUCCAAUAGAUCAAUAGAUGAUGGCACACUUCUAUUGAACUACAAACAGUGCUCCUUCAAUAAGAAAUUGAUGAAUCGGUAUUUUUCUUUUGGAGCACAAGGCUUGGCUGUUGAAGAUUCAAAUAGUUGCACAAAAUCAAAUGGGAGUUACAAGCGUUUCGGUUCUUUAGUUGCCUAA